AUGGCCGCGUUCCCCCCUCAGAUGUCGUCCACGGGCAAUUCCGGUUUGGAUCCCUACUACUUCUCUAAGGACACCCCUCGCUCCGACGCAUACGGUUACGUGCAUUACGAUUCGAAGGGCAGGUUGGGGAAGUUUGAGGAGACGGCUGCACAGCGGCGCGAGCGCGUCGAGUUCCUGCGCCGGCGAGAGUGGACACGGAGGAUUGCGGAAUGGAUUGAACACUCAGCGAACUCACAGGAGCUCGCGCACAUCACCCAUUCAUGGGCAGACAUCCUCGCCGCGGCCGACGCGGUAGACGAUCUCGACGAUACGGCCAGUUCACCAUAUACCCUUGAGGAGCCGGAGCCAGAGCCGUACAUCAUCUACACUGCAUCUCCCCGGUCUGGCUCGUUCUCCUGCAGCAUUCCUUCCUAUACCCCUCCUUCCCCGGCACAUACCCUCCCAUCACCUGCUCCGCGCAGUUCGCACUCCCAGCCCCGCCGCAAGCGGUCCGGCGGCCUCCCUCGAUCGCGUCACUCCUCCCUCUCGUCGAUUUCGGAGGAAGAAGAGGCGGCUGCUCCAUGUUUCUAA